UAAAGGCCACAUGCAGCUCGAGGAUGAAGAAAAACAAAGACACGUGUAUUCCUGGUAACCGUGUGGUUUUAGUGCCUUACACAAAGGAACACGUUUUAAAGUAUCAUGGGUGGAUGCAGUCAGCUGAAUUGCAGAAAUUAACUGGCUCUGAACCUCUGAAUCUGGAUCAGGAAUACCAAAUGCAGCAGUCAUGGUUUGAAGAUUAUGACAAGUGCACUUUUAUACUGCUCGAUGCCAAGUCUUAUGAUGGUACCAAUGAUGUAGAAUGCAUGAUUGGUGAUGUCAAUUUGUUUUUCAACAAUGAAAAUGAUCGUAGUUCUGCAGAGAUUGAAAUCAUGAUUGCAGAAGAGAGUUACAGGGGGAAAGGAUGUGGCAAAGAAGCACUCCUCAUCAUGAUGAGAUAUGGUAUGCAAGAGUUGGGAAUCAGCACAUUCACUGCUAAAAUUGGCUACGAAAAUAAACCAAGCCUUACAAUGUUUGAGAAAAUUGGAUUCAGAGAGGUUUCAAGAUCUGAUGUUUUCCAAGAAGUCACUCUGGCAUUACCUCUCACAAAGGGCAGUGACAAGUACGAGUGGCUUUUAAAACAGACAAAUCAUGUUCAGCUGGUGCAGUAUGCUCACAGGUAACACAUGAUAAAAUAAAA